AUGCCUUUCCCCGCCUUGACGGGGUUACUCUGCGGCGCGGGGCCGGUAAGGGCUGCUGUCGUGGCGUUUCGCCGUCCUCUGUGGAGAGGUGCUGCUUCUCCUCCGGGUGUUCGCUUGAGUUCGGCAGACCCUGGCGGUGAUCCAGCAGUGGUUACCACGCAGCGGGCGCACCUCAUCUUGGUGGGACAGCCAUCCGCCUUUACGACCGCAAAGGUGUCGCGGGGCGGCGAGUCGCAGUCCGGUGACUCACAGUAGCCUGGGAGGAGAUUGCCACUCUCUUCCCCCGCCCUGCCGCGAUCUUCUGCGCCGCCGGCCUGCCUCCCGGCCCGGCUUCCGCUCAGCGGCAGCCCUCUCAGGGCACUUCACGCCCCGCACCUGGCCCUCAGGUAACGGCCGCCCCGAGGUAACGGCCACCCGGCGCUGACGCAGGGCAGGGUGAGGGCAGCCCCUCUGCCGGGACCGGCUGCAGCCGGAUCCUCGCUGUGGCGCAGCAGUUUUCGGGUGGAGCGCUUCCAAAUUGCUGCUGAAGGCAGCAAGUUUCUGUUGAUGGGGCAGAACAGAAUUUUCAGCUUGAGAUCUGUGUGCUUGUGCUGAUUUUCUGAUGAAGUACAUUCUGGUAACUGGUGGUGUCAUCUCAGGCAUUGGCAAAGGGAUCAUUGCAAGCAGCAUUGGCACCAUAUUGAAAUCAUGUGGUCUGCGUGUCACUGCAAUCAAGAUUGAUCCUUACAUAAACAUAGAUGCUGGAACCUUUUCACCGUAUGAACAUGGUGAAGUUUUUGUAUUGAAUGAUGGUGGAGAAGUUGACUUAGAUUUGGGAAAUUAUGAGAGAUUUUUGGACAUCAGUCUCUAUAAAGACAACAAUAUCACCACUGGAAAAAUAUAUCAGCAUGUCAUUAAUAAAGAAAGACAUGGUGAUUACCUGGGGAAAACCGUUCAAGUUGUUCCACACAUCACUGAUGCCGUUCAGGAAUGGGUAAUGAAUCAGGCAAAAGUUCCAGUGGAUGAUGACAGAAAAGAACCACAAAUUUGUGUAAUUGAGCUUGGUGGAACUAUUGGAGAUAUUGAAGGAAUGCCAUUCAUUGAAGCAUUUAGACAGUUUCAGUUCAAAGCAAAAAAAGAGAACUUCUGUAAUAUCCAUGUUAGUCUAGUACCACAGCCUAAUGCCACUGGUGAACAGAAGACAAAACCAACACAGAACAGUGUUCGAGCACUGAGGGGUCUAGGCUUGUCUCCGGAUCUGAUUGUCUGUAGAAGUGCAAAACCUAUAGAAAUGGCAGUGAAGGAAAAGAUUUCCAUGUUUUGCCAUGUGGAGCCUGAGCAGGUGAUAUUUGUCCAUGACGUAUCUUCCACUUACCGAGUACCAAUCCUGCUGGAGGAGCAAGGCAUCAUUAAGUAUUUUAAACAGAGGUUAAAUUUGCCUAUUGAUGACCAUCCAAGUGAUCUUCUAAUGAGAUGGAAGAAAAUGGCUGACAGAUAUGAAAGGUUGCUGAAGGUAUGUUCCAUAGCUCUCGUUGGCAAGUACACAAAACUAAGUGAUUGCUAUGCAUCUGUUUUCAAGGCUCUGGAGCACUCCGCACUGGCAAUUAAUCACAAACUGGAUUUAAUGUACAUAGAUUCAACAGAACUUGAACGUUCUACAGAAGUGGAGAACUCUGUGAAGUAUCACCAGGCAUGGCACAAACUGUGCAAGGCAGAUGGCAUUCUGGUCCCAGGAGGGUUUGGAAUUAGGGGAACAGAAGGCAAACUCCAGGCUAUUUCCUGGGCAAGAACAAAGAAAAAACCCUUUCUUGGAGUUUGUCUGGGAAUGCAAUUAGCAGUUGUGGAAUUUGCAAGAAACUGUUUGAAUUGGGAAGAUGCUAAUUCUACAGAAUUUGACCCAGACACAAAAAACCCUGUUGUUAUUGACAUGCCAGAACACAGUCCUGGAGAUAUGGGUGGAACAAUGAGGCUAGGGAAGAGAAAGACUGUUUUCAAAACACAAAAUUCUGUUUUAAGGAAACUUUAUGGUGAUGAAAUGUUUGUGGAGGAGCGGCACAGGCAUCGAUAUGAGGUGAACCCAGAGUUGACUCACUGCUUUGAAGAGAAAGGUUUGAAAUUUGUUGGCCAUGAUACAGAGGGGAACAGGAUGGAAAUUAUUGAACUGGAGAAUCACCCAUAUUUUGUAGGAGUUCAGUUCCACCCAGAGUUUUCCUCAAGACCUAUGAAACCUUCGCCUCCAUACCUUGGACUGUUGCUAGCAGCAACUGGGACACUCAGUGCAUACCUGCAACGUGGAUGUAAAUUGUCUCCAAGUGACAGCUACAGUGACCUCAGUGAUGACAGCUCUCUAGAAAAAGAGUUUCCUAAUUCAGAAAAAGGUGAAAUGAUUGUAUGACAGCGCAGAAAUGCAUGAUGCUGUUGAGAAAGUUGGGAACAGUUCAAUACUGAAGAGAAGAAAGUAGAAGAGUAAGCUGCUUGUGAUCCUCAUAGUGUCUCCACCUAUCAUGUUGCUUUACUGAUGACAGUUUCACUUUCUUGUAGCAAAACCAGUUCUGUAUAAAUGUUCUUUCUCUUUAAAAAUGACAAAAUGGUUGUGCACCUUAGUGGUAAUCAUUACUGAUCAUAUCCUGUGUUUCAGAGUUGUCUCAGGUAAAUAUGUAUUAAUUUGCUAGUUCACAACUGUUCUUGAUUUGAAGGAAGAUUUGAUUGUUUUCAAUUUGCCAUAGAACAGGAAGAUGCAUUGGUUCUUGUGAAGGAGAGGGAAUGCACUAAAAAAAUUCAAGCAAAAGUUGUUUUAUCCAUGAGCAGUAGAGAACUGUUUUGAGUUUGUUUUGCUAUUUAGCUUGUUGCAUAUAUAUAAUUUUACUUUUUUGCUCUUCAGUAUGUACAAAUAAAAAAAUUGUUGCUGUAUUUCAGCUCUUUGUGAUUAUAAAAAUUGAUGUUGGUUA